GAGGUUCUGAGAGCAAAAGUAGGUGCACCUGAAUAUUAUGAAGGUGUUCCUAAUGUUUUGUACACUCAGUGUAUAAUCAUUCAAAGAAUGCAGUCAACCAAAUAUAAAGGCAACCAAUAUAGCUUAUGAGGAUCAACAUUGCUGUAGGUUACCAGAAGUGAUAAUCUCAAAUUGGCACUUCAAAUGAGGGAACAUUGAAAUAGAUGUAAACAGGUUUCAACGUACCCCAGAUGCAAAUGAUCUUAUUAUUCUAUGAAAAAGUGUUGCAUUUGAGGAAACGAUGUAUGUUCAAAGUAAACCACAAUAGCCUAUAUCCUGUGUAGACUAUGUGGCAGGGCUUUUAUUCCUCUGCAACUAUCCCAAUGAUGUGUUGGUGAUUAAAAAGGUGGCUUAAACUACUCAUGCGACGAAAGACACAUUUUCAGCCUGGGAAUUAAAACGGGGGAGUGGCGCAUUUUUUAGGCGGUGACUUGUUGCCACUUUGACUAACUCUUCUAUUCGCAUGGUAGUCACUUGGGACUGUUGCUAAUUGCAUUGGUGCUCUCUUGGAUUUAGAUAAAGUGGUAAUCAAUGUGUGAUGGAAUGGCAAACCAAACACUAAUGGAAUUAUCUGGAACAUCUUAAUCAAUCUGGAGAAGAAACCUCAAAUGGAACUUGGAUUUGACCGUAAAACAGGAAACGCGCCACCUCAAGUGAAGUAAUAUUCACCAGAUAGGUGAACGAUGCGAUAACGAUUUGUUUACAUACUUUGGUGACCUAACAUAAAAUGACGGAACAGGUGUUUAUAAGAAUGUUGGUAAUUUUCGCAGCUCUUGGAAACCUUGCAGGUUCCAGGCUGAGGGCGGAGGUAGUGGAGGUAACCCCGCUGAUCGUCCACCAUCCCUCAGAUGUGGUGGUCAUGGUAGGCAGCCCUGCCACCCUCUCCUGCCGUGCCGAAGGCACACCCGAGCCCUCCAUCGAGUGGCUCCGCAAUGGCCAGCCCCUGGAGAUGGACAAGCUGGACAGCCAAUCGCGACCCAUCGUUCUGUCAGAGGGCAGCCUGUUCUUCCUCAGCGUGGUCCCUGGAAGGCGGAGUCAGUCACACGAGGGUGUGUAUGCAUGCGUGGCAAAGAACAGCGCAGGCAAGGCCACCAGCCGCAAUGCCUCCCUCUAUAUCGCAGCUCUCCGUGAAGACUUCCGGGUGCAGCCCGGUGAUAUGGAGGUGGCUGUUGAGGAGGUGGUGGUGAUGAACUGCAGCCCGCCAGUGGGACACCCCGAACCCAACGUCACCUGGAGGAAAGACGGGGUCCUCAUCAACAACACUGACCCGCAUUACACUGCGCUGAAUGGGAAGUUGAUCAUUGCCCCAGCCCAGAAGAAUGACUCUGGCGUGUACAUCUGUGUGGCUUCCAACACAGUGGGAGUAAGAGUGAGCAGGGCUGCCCGCCUUUCUGUCCUAGCUAAGCCAGUGUUGGUGCUGAAGCCUCAGGAUGUGUCGGUGGGGACGGGGGAGUCUGCCCAGUUCUACUGCGAGGCUAAAGGAGACCCCAUGCCUGCUGUGGAGUGGAUCCGCGAGCAGGGCCCUCUGCCCAACGGCAGGUAUCUAGUGAAUCCUGACCAGAGCCUCCAGAUCCACUAUGUGACGUCACUGGAUUCUGGGAGGUACACCUGCACAGCUAUCAACGACGUGGGGGUGGUCACCGCCAGUGCACAGCUAGUGGUGGAGGAAGCCUCAAGUACCAGACAGAGGGACCUUCACAGAGAGUUGUCGGCCCUGCGCGUGGCUCUGGAGAAUGUGACGGUGCUGACUCCAAACUCCAACAUGUCCCAAGUGCAGUGGAAGCUCCAGUCUUUCCCAACCCAGCCACACUACCUGGAUGGUUUCGAGGUCCUCUAUCGCUCUCUCCUGCCCGCCAGUUCGGACUGGGCGGCUAAGAGGGUUGUACUACCAAACUUCCAAACACUGGUUGGCCCGCUCAAGAGGGGCUACAAGUAUGAGUUCAAAGUGCGUCCCUACGGCAGCAGCCUGUACGGCCGGGAGAGCAACACCAGGCACCUAGGUGUACCUGAGACAGUGCCUAGUGCCCCACCUCAGGCCAUCUCCAUAACGAUGACCCCUGACCAUAAUGACACGGUCCAUGUGACCUGGAAGCCUCCCCCCCAUGAAUCUCACAACGGCAUCAUCAAGGGAUACCAGGUGUGGUGUGUGCAGUCGGAAGAGCAGCAGUACCUGAACUGGACAGUGGGCGGUGGGACCUACAGUCUGGAAAUAAGCCCUCUGUACCCAGGGAAACAGUACUGGGUCCGGGUGGCAACGGUCAACGGAGCUGGCGUCGGGGUGCAGAGUGACCCCCAUAGAGUGGUCAUAGACUCCCAGAGGUCCGGGGCCCCCCAGUCGGACAGCCCCAGUAGGGACCUCUCUCAGGUCCUGGCCUUGCUGAGGGGCCCAGUGUUCAUUGGGAGUGUUGGCGCCCUCCUGUGGUGCAUCCUGGUGAUAACAGCCGUCUGCCUGUACCGCCGCCACACCCGGCCUGGCGACCACCUGGGACGAGGCCACAUCAAGGCUAAAGGUUUGUACAGGUUGGCCAGUGAGGACCUCAUCAUAAAACACAGAAUGGCGGCCCCAGACUCUCCGUGGAUCUCGGGUGUGUGGAGACCGACCCUGAGUGACGAGAAGUACCAGGGACUGUGGGCUCAGAGCCAGGAGAACCCCGGCUUCAGAAGGACUACGUUGCCCAUCACAGCCAAGAAGGACCCCAGCUCUCUGGACGUGGCUGUCCCCAUUGUGCCCGACAGCUGCGGUGUCUACGGGACGUUCUACGUGGACCUGACGGGUAAUGGCCUCAAGACCUUCAACAGCCCUGCCCGAUGCCCCAAGCGGCCCCACUGCCACACCACCACCUCCUCGCAGCACUGCGCAGCGACGGUGUGCAUCUCCCAGCCUGCCACAGUUGUCAAGACCACGCUUGUCCAGGGUGGCCAGGCAUUGCCAUGGAAACAGGCCUUGCCCUCGCAGCCCAAGAUGGGCGUGCUCAAGGAGUCGUGGGAAAAUAAUUACAAGCAAGAUCUCCAUGCGGUAAACAGCGCCCCCCUGUUGUCGUCGAGGAGCCAGGCGUUGGCUAUGAGGGGAAUGCCUUACACACAGAGGCUCAGCCACCUCCCACCAGGUGGGCGCUCAGAGUGCUUCAAGCCCCUGGAGUCACCCCGCCUCCUGCACUACUCUGCCUCGGCGCAGCUGGUGGACAUGCUGCCACUCCCGCUGCCCAUGGGCGACACCACUGACACACACAGCCUCACCUCAGAGGAAGGGUCCAGCAGGUCCACGAAGCUGACUGUAGAUGCCGGGUCUCUUCAGUCUGUGUGUGCUGCGUCUGGUCACCACGGCCCCCCCACCAACACUAACACCACCACCACUGGCUGCCCCUCCUAUAGCCGCCUGUCCACUGCCUCCUACUGCAUGUCAUUGGAUGAGGAGCAGGAUGCAACGAUGACCUCACAGGAAGUCACCCAGUACCUGGAGCUCAGCCCCAGGGCUGAGAAGCACAGCACCACGUUGGAGAAUCCUCCCGCUUCCUCCCUAUCUCGCACCUUUUCCCCCACUCCCACCCUGGGCUAUAUCUAUGGGCCCCUCCCCUCCGACCAACUGGAGGACGGGAUGACUGACGAACAGGAGCCAAUGGGUCCCCGGCGGGCCCGGUUUCAGAGCACGCCCUCGUCGCUUUGCAGCGAAUGGGAGGGUUCGCUGUGGAACGGCUGGGGCUCGGUGUCAGAGGGAAACAUGGCGUACAGCACCCGCAACAGCUUCAUCAGCUCGUCAGAUGGCUCAUUCAUGAACGACUACAACUUUGCCCGCGUGCUCGCCACUGUGGCCGCCGAGUCCAUGAGUGAAGCCUCCUUCUCAGACUUCUCUCCCCCGGCGUCGCCCCUCAGUGCCCUGUUCCCUCCAGUUCGAGGGGAAGAAGAGGAUUGUUUCGGGGAGCUGGACCCCAUGCCCGUUUGGGACUGGAGCACAGCUUGGGUGGAGGAGAUGGAGGCGCAGUACCGUGCACAGUACCCCUCUCAGGCAGCAGCCCCCGCUUGCAACACCUGGGGGCGUUGCCGUGAUGAUCUUCACUAUGACAACCGCCGAGCCACCGGAGGGAGUAGGGGUGAAGGACGAGGAGGGGUGAGGACAACCCCACACCGAUGAUCUGUUUGUUGAUGAUUUUUGGUCAAAUCCAUUUCAAUGCCAAGACAUGAAUUGUAUUUACUCUUGAUUUGUUAAGUAUGAAAAACAUGAGAAAAAACGAUUACAUUUCGACAUGGAUUUCAUUCAUUAUUUUUUAAGUGGUCUUUGUUUCUCUGUGAGUGCUUUACAAGUCAUCAGUAGAAGUGUAACUGGGGUUGAAAUGACCAUUCAACAUCUCCCAUCCAGACCACUAUUGGUUACCUGAACUAGGUUUCCCACAAUACCUCAGGGCAGUCUCGCCUAUGAAAAUAGAAUUCCUAGAAUGGACAUCUUCUAUGGUGUGUCCACUGUUUUGUGUUCUCAUAUGACCUGGGUUGGGCUUUCCAAGAGCUGAACCGCAGUGCCAAAACAAGUGUCAGUCAAAAUUCUGUCAUAUCAUAGGUUGUUCCAAAACAAAUAUUUAGAGAGUGUUGUGCUUUUAGUGGCACUGUUACUGUACUACAGCACUAUUUUUGUCUUCCAGAAUCUUCCAAGCGCUAUGAUCCAACUAGCCUGGUUAAAACAGACUGAAUGCACACUGGUGAGCGCAGCAUUCAGUCUGGUUUCAUAUUAAUUACAGCAAAUUGAAAACUUCCGGAGCGAAUUUGUACAGACCCUUUACUUGCAAUAGAAUGUAAAUAUCUACGACUGAUUUAAUUUAAAGAACCAUGAACGCUGACUUUCCAACCCAUUCUCUGCUUCUUUUCUUUUAAUGAUACUUUGUUCACACAAGACCGUUUAUUCCGUUUUUUAUUUUUUAUUAUUAAAUGUGCUUUUGUCUCUAUACAAAAACAAUUUUGAGCGCUAACCAUUUGUUGGUUGACUAGAAUUUGGAAGAUGUAGUUAUGUUUUCUUUCAGAGUUUGUUUCAUUUCUCUUCCUUUUAACAUGAAACUUAGGAUUUGGCCCUAUGUACCUGCUGAAAUGUGCACGGUGAGCAAUAAGUAGAAUAUGUUUCUCACACGCUGUAAAGGUCUUCCUUUUAUAAGAAUAGGUUCAGUAGGACUGGACUAAUAUGUCUCACCCGAGAUGAGGAAUAAUUCUUCCUUUUUAUAUACAUUUUCAUGCAUUACUUAUCAUUUGAAGCUUAACUAACCCAAUAUCUUCUACUGUGGCCUUAUUGAUAAUAAAACAUAUAAAGUCUCA